AUGUUGAGAUCAGCAUUGAACAAUCAUGUUAUCAUUGUUCUUCUUAUAAUGGGACUCAUAGAAGAACUCACUGAUAUUCCCUGGUAUAUUCACUAUUAUCGAACGGGCACUGCUUUUUCAUUGACGUCUGCUUUUUGUUACACUUGGGCGUACAUUGGAUCGAAUAUCUAUGUAUUAAAUUUUAUUCUGAUGGCUUGGGCAUCUAUUGAACGACAUAUGCUCAUAUUUCAUUCGAAAUGGUUUGCAACACGAUGGAUCUGCUUUGCUCUACACUAUCUUCCCAUAGCUAUCUGUCUUAUUGUACCUUCACUAUUUUAUCUAUUCACAUAUUUCAUUUUACCUUGUGAUACAUCUUUCAACUACAACGGAGCCCUCUGCGGGUUGUAUACAUGUGUUCUUAAUCAUCGUUGGGGGCUUUACUUCGACAGUCUGAUCAACUAUCUGAUUCCGAUAUGGGUUACAGUUAUUUUUAGCACAGCAUUAUUUGUACGUGUUAUCUAUCAAAAAUAUCGAGUACAUCAGAAGAUCAUUUGGAGAAAUUAUAAAAAACUUGCCGGUCAAUUGUUGCUCAUAUCGGCAUUGUACGUCUCGUUGCAAUUUCCUCCGAUGAUUCUAUACGCAGCAUACUCAAUAGGCUUACCAUGCGAGAUCGGUGCGGAUUAUUAUAAUAACAGUAUGUUUUUCACUUAUUGGAUUAUAUUAUUCACACCAUUUACAAUAGUUGUAUCGCUACCGGAAUUACAAAUGAACUUUCGACGACUGAUGUUAUUUUGGCGACACAGAAACUCGAUUACUCCAAAAUAA